AUGCCACCACCAUCAAGAAGUAGAAUAAACAAAACAAGAACAUUAGGAAUAGUGGGUACAGCUAUAGCAGUGUUGGUCACGUCCUACUAUAUAUAUCAAAAGGUGACAAGUGCAAAGGAAGAUAAUGGGGCACGACCUCCAGAGGGUGAUUCAGUAAAAGAGAACAAAAAGGCAAGGAAGAGCAAAUGUAUUAUAAUGAGCAAGUCGAUACAAGGACUGCCCAUAAAGUGGGAGGAGUACGCCGCUGAUGAAGUGGUUUUGCUGGUACCUACGAGCCACACUGAUGGAUCAAUGAAACAAGCCAUUGGGGAUGCCUUUCGCAAGACGAAAAACGAACACAAAAUCAUAUAUUGCGAUAGCAUGGAUGGAUUAUGGUCAUGUGUAAGACGGCUAGGUAAAUUUCAGUGCAUAUUGAACUCCAGGGACUUCACAAGUAGUGGUGGUAGCGAUGCAGCAGUCGUUCCUGAAGAUAUAGGCAGGUUUGUCAAAUUUGUUGUUGAUAGCGAUGUAGAGGAUGUGCUGAUUGACACUUUAUGCAAUUAA